AUGGGCCUUGUUGAGAUGCCUUCAAUACGGAUGUACUGGGAAAAAGAAACCAGAUACCCUCCAGUUACAGAAGUUAUGAGCAGGAAUAGAUUCCAGCUACUUCUUUCUCUGAUUCAUUUUGUGGACAAUGAAACUGUGUCAGAGGAAACCAAGAAAGAUCGCCUUUGGAAAAUUCGACCAUUUCUGGACAUGUUCCGAGCUCGGUGCCUUCAGACUACCCCUGCAGAACAUCAGUCCAUUGAUGAAAUGAUGAUACCCUACAAAGGCAAGUUUGGGAAUAUACGGCAGUAUGUAAGGGGUAAGCCGCAUCCAUGGGGCUUCAAAGUAUGGGCUAGCUGCUCUGUGCAUGGACUCCUUCAUGACUUUGAUGUUUAUCAGGGAAAAGGUGGAGAUAAAGGAGCAAAUGUGUUUGGCAUUGGAGGAGAUGUUGUUGUAAAACUGUGUGAAACUCUUCCAAAAGAUGUAGGGCACAAGAUAAAUAUACUGAUAAUUUCUUCACCUCAGUUGAACUGAUACAGAAAUUGUCAGAAGACGGAUUCCUUUACGCUGGGACAGUGAGAAAGAACUGUCUCGCAAAGUGCAAUGUCUUGGAGGAAAAUGCCCUGAAGAAAGGACGAGGAUCACAUGAUUUUAGAGUAGAAUCAAAGACCAAUACCGUGUGUGUUAGAUGGCAGGAUUCCAAAGCAGUAACCCUCAUGUCAAACUAUGCUGGUCCUGAACCUAUGGACAAAGCCCGUCGCUGGGACAAGAGCAAGAAAGACUACACCAACGUUGACCGCCCAUACAUCAUCAGAGAAUACAAUACUCGCAUGGGUGGUGUGGAUAUGUAAGUAUUCCAUUCGUACGCGGAGAUGGUACCUUAUACUCUUCUGGCAUUUUACCAGUAUUGGCGUAAUCAAUGCAUGGCUCCUGUACAAACGUGACUGUUCCCUACUGGGAAUCACAGGCAAGAGUGUGAUGAAGCUGUGCCAAUUCCAGUCCAAGGUUGCACAAGCACUGAUUGAGCGUGGAACCACCAGAAAGUCGGGUAGAAAUGGGACGAGGACACAAUGCCACGAUCACCUUCAGCAAGAUUAUGAAUAUGCCUACUCCACCAACACGCCGCAACUUCAUGUUGGUGGAGAAGGCAUAUUCAUAAUCUUGCUGAAGGUGAUCGUGGCAUUGUGUCCUCGUCCCAUUUCUCGGAAAGCCAGGACUGCUCGAUUAUUAACUUCGUAUGGAUGACCUUGUUUCUUUGACGUAUUGAAACAAUACUUCCACUCACACACCAUACUUUUACACUGUAGAACAAUGUAACUGGAAUAACCAUUCUUUUUUUUUCACCUUUCUUUCUUCAACUUCACUUCGCACGUCGCAACUUUUGUUGCCAACGAGCUAAAUCUAACGGGAAAAUGGACUUCUCUUGGUGGUGGCGUUAAAUCUUUUACGAACGGCAAUAACUAUAUUACUGGGGACGGAGCCAUUAAAAUCAAAUGGUAUCAAGGCAAAAAUAUAUUAAGUAUACAGGGAGUGAAAUCACAAGAUAUUGAAGACAAAAUACAGAAAAUGUCACACAUAGGAAGUGCAUAAAGCAAGUGCUCCUUCGAGGAGUGAAUGUAGUGCUUCGUGUCUUUCUCUUCACUGUAGCUCGUGUGGCCACUCUGAAGAGUUCUACACUGCAAAAAAAGUUGGUCAUUGUUUUGAAGUAAACAGGAGAAUGAUUUAUGGAAUGAGGUCUAUUGGUUGUGGAUUAUCUGGGAUGAAAAAGCUCUGCUCAACCAUGGACAUGCCCCAUACCACACAAAAGCGAUCUUGCGUGCUACCAAGGGCGUAGCUGAAUGAACCACAAAAGAUGCGUUCAAGAACUCCACAAUAUAAAAAAUGAUGAGGUUGAUGAGAAUGGAGUUCUAAAAACAGCUAUUUCAUGUGACGGUACAUAGCAAAGACGGGGACUCUCUUCGUUAAAUGGUUGUGUCACAGCAAUCUCCGUGGAGACUGGUAAAAUUUUAGAUGAGAGAUAGUAAGAGCUUUAAAUAGUGCAGUUGAAAAUAUUUACAACGAAGAAUAUGACGCUGUGGUCAAGAAGAAGGAAUGUAUCGGGCAUGUUCAAAAACGUCUUGACACAGCAUUGAGAAAACUGAAAAGAAAAAAAAGGUUAGGUGGAAAGUAAAAGUUGCCUGACAACGCGACUGACAAGAUGCAGAAUUACUAUGGAAUUGCCAUAAGAAAUAACACUGGAAAUCUUGAGGCCGUGAAGAACAAUGUCCUUGCAACAAUGCUUUUCCACUGUGCCUCAAAUGAUAAGCAUCCUUGGCACUCUACAUAUUGUCCUCCUGGUAAGGAUAGUUGGUGUGGAUAUAUGAGGGAUAAGGCUCUAAAACCCACAAAGGGAUUUGCUUCGCAGUUGAUUCUAGAAUGUUCAGCUCAGAAUUGUAAUUACUCAAGGAGCUUUUAUACAUCAGGAACUGUUCAUAAUGGUAAAGCUUUUGUGGUAAAUCGCAGAGCUGUGUUGGCUGGAAGAAACAUUGGUAUUGGUCACAGAGGACUUUCAAAAUUUGCUGCCACAAUGAACAUGCCACCACCCAUGAAUGAGAAUGCAUACCGAGAUCAUGUUGUUGCCAUCCACGCUGCUGCUGAAGUAGUUUGUAAAGAGAGCAUGAAUCAUGCACGUCAAGAAACCAAACAAUUUUACGAAGUGGAAGAGGAUGGGAACUAUAAUAUUGGUAUUUCAGCUGACGGGACAUGAACACGAAGAGGAUUUUCGUCAUGUCGAAGUCAUGUCAAAAGAGUGCAGAGAAUGCAUUUCACGGAGAAAAAAAGAAGGGGACAUAGAAGUUUCAGGAGUGGUGGGAAAGACGUCAACAUCAAUGUCAUUCAAAUUUUGAAGGGUCAUCAGGAGCAAUGGAUGCUGCUGGUUGUGUUGCUAUUUUUUAUCGUUCCGUUGAGCAGUAUGGCUUGCGUUAUAUUGAGUUUCUUGGGGAUGGGGACAGCAAAGCAUUCAAUCGUGUAACAGAAAAAGAAGUAUACAAGGGUGUGAAGAUAUCCAAACUUGAAUGUGUCGGUCAUGUUCAAAAGCGUAUAUGCAGAGCCUGA